CUGACUGUCUGGAGCGCGGGAGCUGAUACAGUAUUUCAGUCGACAUAGUUUUCUCUGUCAAAGCUCUUCAUCCUUCCCAAAGAAAUUUGAUAAAUGUCUAGGGAGAGUCAGCUGAGGCCGAUGGACGCUGAGCAGCUCAGAGAGCAGGCUCAUAAGAUGGUGGAUUUCAUUGCUGAUUACUAUAAAACCAUCGAAAAUUUCCCUGUUCUCAGCCAAGUUGAGCCGGGGUAUCUUGUGAAGCUUCUACCAGAUUCUGCACCUAAUCAUCCUGAAUCACUACAAGACAUUUUGAUUGAUGUUCAGGAAAAGAUACUGCCAGGGGUGACUCAUUGGCAAAGCCCAAAUUAUUUUGCAUAUUUUCCUUCAAACAGUAGCAUUGCUGGAUUUCUGGGAGAAAUGCUCAGCGCUGGUCUCAACAUUGUGGGUUUCAGCUGGAUAACUUCUCCUGCAGCAACUGAACUUGAAAUGAUAGUUCUUGACUGGCUUGCUAAGGCAUUUCAGCUGCCUGAUCAUUUCUGUUCUACUGGGCAAGGUGGUGGAGUUAUACAAGGAACAGCAAGUGAAGCUGUAUUAGUUGUCUUGUUGGCUGCCCGUCACAAGAUCUUAAGGAAGGUUGGAAAGAGUGCCCUCCCUAAGCUUGUGAUGUAUGCAUCCGAUCAAACACACUCUUCUUUACUCAAAGCUUGUCAGAUAGGAGGACUCAAUCCAGAGCUCUGCAGGUCGCUUAGAACUGAUCCUUCCACAAAUUAUGCGCUUUCUCCUGAUGUACUUUAUGAAGCAAUUUCAGAUGACAUUGCCAGCGGCUUAAUCCCUUUUUUCUUAUGUGCUACAGUUGGCACCACUUCAUCAACAGCUGUUGAUCCUCUUCCUGCUUUAGGAAAGAUUGCAAAGAGCCAUGGAAUCUGGUUUCAUGUGGAUGCUGCUUAUGCUGGAAGCGCUUGUGUGUGCCCAGAGUAUCGCCACCACAUUAAUGGUGUCGAAGAAGCGGACUCGUUUAACAUGAAUGCUCAUAAAUGGUUUUUAACCAACUUUGACUGUUCACUGCUCUGGGUUCAGGACAGGAACGCUCUGAUUGAGUCACUAUCUACAAAUCCCGAAUUUCUGAAGAACAAAGCUUCUCAAGCAAAGCUGGUCAUUGAUUACAAAGAUUGGCAAGUUCCUCUUGGACGUCGCUUCAGAUCCUUAAAACUCUGGAUGGUGCUGCGCCUUUAUGGUUUGGAAGGUCUGCGAAGUCAUAUACGAAGUCACAUUGAUUUGGCUGCUCAUUUUGAGAAACUUGUUCGUCAAGACCCAAGAUUUGAGGUUGUUACGCCUCGGACUUUCUCAUUGGUGUGUUUUCGGCUCUUGCCUCGGCCUGAUUCUGGACAUGACGGCAAUCAGCUAAAUCGGGAUCUACUAGACUCUGUAAAUUCAACUGGGAAUAUUUUCAUGACACACACGGUUUUAUCGGGUAAGUACAUUCUACGUUUCGCAGUUGGAGCACCAUUGACAGAAGUAAGGCAUGUGGAUGCUGCUUGGCAGAUUUUGCAGGAUAAAGCCUCUUCUCUACUUGGGAAUUCGUAGGACGGAUCCAAAGUGCUCUCCGUCUGUUUCAUGUAAUGGUUUCCUCUUACACGCCAAUGCAUGGAUUGCUGUCUUAUUUAUAAUUCAAUUUUCAAAAUAUCAAUAAUAGCUUUGAAUGAACAUUUUGGAACAGCGAAAGUUAACGGUGUAAUGGAAUUGUAGACGCCCAAAAAUAUUAUGGUUA